UGUGUUUCGCCUUCCUGAACACGAGAGGCUGGAAUGAAGGGAAGUGGAGAAUUUUGUUGAAGGAGAGUGAAAACAUUGAGGUGAUCGGAGUAGGAGAAACGGGGUGGCAUGACAGGGUACAGUGGCAGGAAGGUGACUGGCUGUGUAUAGGGAGAGGAAGGAAAGUAGGAGAGAAAAAGGGAGGAGGAGUGGGUGUGAUAGUGAAGGAGAGGGCGGGAAGAAAGGUAACGGAGGUAGACUUAUUGGAAGAAACUGAGAAAAAGUUAGGAUACAACAAGGGAGAUCUGAUCACAGUUAAGGUGACAGACCUGAAGGAAGAAUGGUGGGUGACAGUGGUAUAUAUGGGAGUAGAAGGGGCAGAAAACCGGGAGGAAAAUAGGAAGCUGUACGGUGCAUUAAUGGAAAUUAGCGGCAGGGUAGGAAAAGAAAAGUGGAUUGUAAUGGGAGACCUCAAUGGACACAUAGGCCUAAAUAAUGCACCAGUCAACAGAAAUGGGCACAUGUUGCUAGAAUUUGCGGAGUCAGCUAAUUUGAAAAUUAAGAACUGGGAGCUUGAGGACCCAAUAACUUGGAGGGACAGAGGGGCAGCAUCAGCUAUAGAUUAUAUCAUGGCAAGUGAGGCAGUGGAGAAAAGCAAAUGUAGGAUAUGGAAGGAAGAGGAGGUAGAUAUAUCAGACCAUAUAAUGAUAGGUGUGACAUGUGGAAAGGGAGGGAGGAAGGAACAGGAACAGGAGAUGAAGACAGAGUGGAAGACAAAAUGGGACACGCUGAAUCCCGACUGGGAGAAAUAUAAGGAUAACCUAGAUGGAAAGCUAUGUAGGGAAAUAGAGAAAGGCAACAGGACAAGUGAUCAGUGGGAAAAACAGGUAAAAGAGGUAAUAGCAGAGGAGGCAAAGAUAUCAAUAGGUAUAAAGAAGUACAAGGUAGGAAAAAGGAGACUGAAAGGCUGGUGGGAUGAAGAAGUAGAAAAAGCAAUAGGAGAUAGAAAAAGAGAAAACAGAAGGCAAAGAAAGUUGCGGAAAUUGACAGAGAAAGAAGGGGAGCAGCACAGACAGGAAUGGGAGGCGGCGUAUAGCAGUUAUAGGAAGGUGCAGAAGGCGACACAGAUCUUAAUUAAUAAGAAGAUUGCUGAUUGGGAGAGACUGCAGGCAGAGAAACUAAACAAUCUACCCCGAGGAGAGAGAGAAAAAGAAGGGUGGAAAAGACUGAAGAGGAACCUAGGAGGGAAAGAGGUAGAUCAGAGGGUGAUACUGAAAACAGAGGGCAGGGAGACUGGAACAGAGGAAGAAAUAAGAUUAGAAAAUUACAUAACGCUGAAAAGAAAGUUGUGUGAAUAAGAAGGGAGGAACGAGAGGAGGAGGACCUAAGAAGCGAUACAAAGCGUUACAGGUCAAAAGAAGAAGAAGAAGAAGAAGAAGAAGAAG